AUGAGGCAUAUAGUAUCUGUCCUACGUCGACCUCGGGCUCUCCCGCAAAUCACAUUAGCCCUUGUCUGGGUUUCCCAUGAGGAGAUUGAAUCACUCGUCAAUGCCACCGAAACACUUGAGAUCAAACGACGGGAACCGGGCAUGAAAUACACUGCGAGACCCACAACCGGUGCAGCAACUACGCCGUCGGCAACUCAACCUGAAGAAAAGCCAGCCGAGUCCAUUGCUGAGCAAACCCUACAGGGCCAAAUCUACCAUAUUCAAACCAAGACACUUGACCGCCCAGUACAUUACAUCAGUCACGUACGCCUCAUACUCCUGCCACCUGGGCUCCAAUUCAUAGCAUCCGGGGUCCAGGACUUAGCGCCUGGGAUCCGAGUCAUGAUUCCUCGAGCUACAACCGCUUCCAUGCCUCUCUUGCCUGUGCUUCCUCUGAGAUUUCUCCGGGAGAUUCUCAUCAGUGAAAACAGCCCAAUGACAGCGACUCAAUCCCUGGGGCAUGUGCUGGCCGGGGUGGAUCAGUUUGCUGGAUGGAAAUCUGGCUGGUCGGAGGUCUUCUUGUGGUGGCUGACUUUGCUGAGGCCAUAUUGGUAUUGGGUUGCGCUUGCUCUGUUUUUUCUCCUUCUGCUUAUUUUAGUGAGCGUCUUGCCUGGAUAG